GGCUGACGUCGCCGGGGACCGGCGUCGCGUCUGGGCUGGCCGGCGGCGGCAGCGGCGACGGCGGCGGCGAUGGCAGCGGACACCGAGCGAGCUUGAGGGUUCGGACCUGCUCCCUCCCGCGCGACCUCGGGCCCGACCCGUCUCAGAGUUCCCAGUGUGGUCCGCUCCUGCUCCCUCCCCGCGCUGCCUGGGCGGAGGCGGAGUUGGAAGCGGUGGCGGAGGCCCGGGCUGGCCGCCCUGCCUGUGCCCCGGCUCGGCCCCGGACGGCCCGACUGCUGUGCGGACAGGAGGCCGAGUCGGUAGUGAAAAGAGAAUACUGAAGAAUAGGAUCUCAAGAUGAGCAAAAAGCCCCCAAAUCGUCCUGGAAUCACUUUUGAGAUUGGUGCUCGUCUGGAGGCACUGGACUACUUACAAAAAUGGUAUCCAUCACGAAUUGAAAAAAUCGACUAUGAGGAAGGCAAAAUGUUGGUCCAUUUUGAGCGCUGGAGUCAUCGUUACGACGAGUGGAUUUACUGGGACAGCAGCAGACUGCGACCCCUGGAGAGGCCCGCGUUACGAAAGGAGGGUCUAAAAGACGAGGAGGAUUUCUUCGAUUUUAAAGCUGGAGAAGAAGUUCUGGCUCGUUGGACAGACUGUCGCUAUUACCCUGCCAAGAUUGAAGCAAUCAACAAAGAAGGAACAUUCACAGUUCAGUUUUAUGAUGGAGUAAUUCGUUGUUUAAAAAGAAUGCACAUUAAAGCCAUGCCCGAGGAUGCUAAGGGGCAGUUUCUGUUCCAGGUGAAAUCCCAGCAUCCACUAAGCUGGUGUUGUCCUAUCGACCCAGCUGGAUCGUGUAACCAGCCUAUGGGAAGUGAGGAUUGGAUAGCUUUAGUCAAAGCAGCUGCUGCAGCUGCAGCCAAGAAUAAAACAGGGAGCAAACCUCGAACCAGUGCUAACAGCAAUAAAGACAAAGAGAAAGAUGAGAGGAAAUGGUUUAAAGUACCUUCAAAGAAGGAAGAAACUUCAGCUUCUACAACCACGCCGGAAGUUGAGAAGAAGGAAGAUCUGCCCACAUCUAGUGAUACAUUUGUAGGACUUCAUGUAGAGAACGUUCCAAAGAUGAUCUUUCCACAGCCAGAGAGCACAUUAUCAAACAAGAGGAAAAAUAAUCAAGGCAACUCAUUUCAGGCAAAGAGAGCUCGACUUAACAAGAUUACUGGUUUGUUGGCAUCCAAAGCUGUUGGGGUGGAUGGUGCUGAAAAAAAGGAAGACCACAAUGAAACGGCUCCAAUGCUGGAGCAGGCGAUUUCACCUAAACCUCAAAGUCAGAAAAAAAAUGAAGCUGACAUUAGCAGUUCUGCCAACACUCAGAAACCUGCACUGUUAUCCUCAACUUUGUCUUCAGGGAAGGCUCGCAGCAAGAAAUGCAAACAUGAAUCUGGAGAUUCUUCUGGGUGUAUAAAACCCCCUAAAUCACCACUUCCCCCAGAAUUAAUACAAGCCGAGGAUUUGACGCUUGUAUCUCAGCUUUCUUCUUCAGUGAUAAAUAAAACUAGUCCUCCACAGCCUGUGAACCCCCCUAGACCUUUCAAGCAUAGCGAGCGGAGAAGAAGAUCCCAGCGUUUAGCCACCUUGCCCAUGCCUGAUGAUUCUGUAGAAAAGGUUACUCCUCCCUCUCCAGCCACUGAUGGGAAAAUAUUCUCCAUCAGUUCUCAAAGUCAGCAAGAGUCUUCAGGACCAGAGGUGCCUGAUGUUGCACAUUUGUCACUCGAGAAGCUGGGACCCUGUCUCCCUCUGGACCUAAGCCGUGGUUUGGAAGGCACAGCGCCGCUAGCCCCAGACCCCUCUCACCGCAGUGAGUGUGCCAGGGCAGGAAAGGACGACACGCAGAUGCUCGCCAGUCCUUCUUCCAAGGCACUGACUGACGGGAGGGGCGCUCCAACAGCAUCAGGAAUAUCGAAAACAGAAAAAAAAGUGAAAUUGGAAGAAAAAAGCUCAACAGCAUUUGGUAAGAGAAAAGAAAAGGAUAAAGAAAGAAAAGAGAAGAGAGACAAGGAUCACUACAAACCAAAACAGAAGAAGAAGAAGAAAAAGAAAAAGAAAUCUAAGCAGCAUGACUAUUCAGACUAUGAAGACAGUUCCUUAGACUUUUUGGAAAGGUGCUGUUCUCCACUAACUCGAUCUUCUGGGAGUUCUCUGGCUCUGCGAAGCAUGUUUACGGAGAAAAAUACAACGUAUCAGUACCCAAGGGCAAUUUUGUCAGUUGAUCUUAGUGGUGAAAACUUAACAGAUGUGGAAUUCCUAGAUGAUUCUUCAACAGAAAGUUUGCUUCUAAGUGGGGAUGAGUACAAUCAGGAUUUUGAUUCAACAAAUUUUGAGGAAUCUCAGGAUGAAGAUGAUGCUCUUAAUGAAAUUGUGCGAUGCAUCUGUGAAAUGGACGAGGAGAACGGCUUCAUGAUCCAGUGUGACGAGUGCCUGUGCUGGCAGCACAGCGUGUGCCUGGGGCUGCUGGAGGAGAGCAUCCCGGAGCAGUACACCUGCUACGUCUGCCGAGACCCGCCCGGUCAGAGGUGGAGUGCAAAAUACCGCUAUGAUAAGGACUGGUUGAAUAAUGGGAGAAUGUGUGGGUUAUCAUUUUUAAAAGAGAAUUAUUCUCACCUAAAUGCCAAAAAGAUCGUUUCCACACAUCACCUGCUGGCCGACGUCUAUGGCGUCACUGAAGUUCUGCACGGCUUACAGCUGAAGAUCGGCAUCCUCAAGAAUAAACACCAUCCUGACCUCCAUCUCUGGGCCUGUUCUGGGAGGCGAGAAGACCCAGGUCAGAUUGUUGCUGAGGGAGAGAAAAAAAUAACAGUGCAAGACACAGUCAGCCUUGAAGAAAGGAAGCGUCAUGUGCAAAAUCAUAAGGAAGCUCCUCGUGUGCCCCUGAAAAUGGAAGGAACCUAUAUAACAAGUGAGCACAGCUAUCAAAAGCCACAAAGUUUUGGUCAAGACUGCAAACCUUUUGCAGACCCCGGGAGCUCAGAUGAGGAUGAUGUUAGUAGUUUUGAAGAAGAGCAGGAGUUCCACAUGAGAGAGAAAAACCGUGUACGGUACUUGGUAAAAGAAGAUGGAAUGCCUACAAAGAAGGAUCCGCCCGAAAAGAGCGCCGUAUUUGUGUAUAACGAUAGAAAGGGCACUGAAGACCCUGGAGACUCGCACCUUCAGUGGCAGCUCAACCUCCUUACACAUAUAGAGAAUGUGCAGAAUGAAGUCACCAGCAGGAUGGACCUAAUAGAAAAAGAAGUGGACGUUCUGGAGAGCUGGCUGGAUUUCACAGGGGAGCUGGAGCCGCCUGACCCUCUCGCGAGGUUGCCGCAGCUGAAACGCCACAUCAAGCAGCUUCUGAUGGACAUGGGCAAAGUGCAGCGGAUAGCGACUCUCUGCUCUGCAUGACAGCCGCGGACGCCUGCGGAGAAGGGCUCGCUCUGCAGCCGCACGGCUGCUGUACCCACGCGCCUGCGCCUGCUGGGUGGAUCGUUAGAGAGCAUUGUGCUGUUUGGUCACCUACUGACUUGGGACAUCAGUAGGUCGGUACCUUGAAAACAACUUUAAAGUGAAGAACAGCUUUAUCAAAGAAGCGAAUAGGAAAAAGAAUUUAUGAGCAAGCUACAAAUGAUAUUGUAUUAUAUGCCAAGGAUCGCUGAAAGUAGACUAUAAUCUAUGCUAAGGGAAUUGAGUUGGCAGGGUUUUUGAGCAGUUGAUUAUGUGAAGCUCGAGACCCCUGCAGAAAGAAACACAGUAUAUUUAUGUAGUUUUUAAUAGGAAGAUCCUUGUUUAUACACCAGCAUUUGGCCAAACACAAAAUGGUAGAGGAAAGCUGACGUCUGGAGAGGCUGUAGGUGGCUGUCAGACCUGCCUUCCUGCAGCUGGUGCAGCUGCGUGGCAAUGCAGGGGUUGCAACUUGCCCAGGAUCAUGAGCAGCUGUUUCUUAGGUCAUGAAUGUCCUUAAUCAGAAAACUGACAGUAGCAGUCUCGCUUCCGGGGGAACGGCGUUGGCAUUCUUACUUCACUAUGAAUAUGUUCUAAAAACGAGCACCAGGCAGUUGUAAUUUAUUGUGGGCAUUCAGCUCAUUGAAAACAGAAUGGGUUACAGAAGGCUCAGUGUGCCAAAUGAGGACGAUGCAGCCGGGAAGGGGGCUUUAGGUACUGGUGGGUUCUCCCCCCGCCCUGGUCUUACGUAAUGCCAUCAGUCCCUCAGAAGCCUGGAUGUCGCAGAUGCUGCGUGUAACAUGUAGAGCUGGUUGCAGGAUUCAGGCUUCAGUGGGCCGCUUGAUCCUGAGUAUGCUUAGUGUUUGCCUUGAGAAAAACAUUGUAAAGAACCUCAGCUGGGAUGAGGAGUGACAGAACUAUCAAAAUGAUUUGUGGUGGUGGAUUUUUAAACUGCUGGUAGUGGAAUACUGGAAAAGCUUCAUUUCUGAAGAUGAAUUUUAUUUUUAAAAAAUACAUGCACACUCAAAACUUUUAGCUUUGAUCACAAAUGGACACAUUUCUGAAACCAAAGGCAACUAAGUUGCUGCGUUAGCUCUUGCUGGACUCGAAGCCCAGGCCCUGCGGUCGCUGGGCUCCGUGCGGCGUGCGCGCCUGGCACUCCGCAGGCAGGGAUGCGACAGUGCGGGUGCGUGUUCGAAACCAACACUCAGCGUGCAUAUGUACUUAGCCUUCACAUAUUUAUAUCUGCACAUAUCUAGUUUUAUUACUACAGACUAUAAGAAUUGGUGGUUAACAUGAAAUGUUACCUUUUAACAGACUGUUUUUAAAAAUUAAUAAUGUAUGUACAGGUUUUGAAACUCUUUUAAAAAGGGGAAAAAGACUUAAGAAGAGGCUGUUUGAUGGCAUACCACUUGAAUAUUUUAUGCCUUGUUCUGUGUAUCAGCUCUAGCAGUCUGUAUAAAUGCAUUUGAGAACUGAUAGACAGUAAAUACGGAUUUAUCUUUGAUAAGAAUACAUGCCACUGUACAUUCAGAUAUUAUUUAAAUUUGCAAACACACUGUUCUAUAUGUAAGGUACUGUAUGUAAAACUCUUUAUUAAAACUAUUCCACAUAAUCUUAAAAUUUCAGCUUGCCUUUUUGCGGCCUUAUAUUUUGAUGUAAAGAUGAUUAAAAGAAUGUGCAAAACAGUCAUUAGAACUUUUUCUUGCCUUUUGAGAUUCUUCAAUUUGACAAAUGUGCCAAAGAGCAAUAGACAUAGAAUACAGUCCUGUGUAUUUACUUGUGAUACAUUACCUUUGUCAAAGAUCUUACUGAGAAAUGAAAAGCUUUAGUAGAGGUGAUAUUUUGGGAUAGUUGCUUAAAUUUUCAUAUUAAAGUAUAAAGAGUGCCUAUAUUCCA